AUGACAUCAAAAUUUGUUACUUUCUUAUGCUAUCGGGACGGAAAAAUUUGUGACGGGAAAGAAGGUAUAACUUACGACAAGUCUCCAAGUAAAGCUAUCAAGGUUCAACGUGGAAUAAAAUUCAAUGAUCUGGUCAACCAAAUCUAUUUUGCAACAUCGAUUGACAAGCAACAAUAUCAUAUUAAAGUAAUUUGUAGAUACCCAUCGGUUGUUGGAAAGGUAAUGAAAUAUAUUCCUCUUCCGAUCAAGGACGAUAAUGACGUUGAAAUUAUGUUUGAUGUGCUUAGUCUUCAUCAAGAACUAAGCAACAUUGAUCUAUACUUAGAGAUUGACGUCAAUGGAAAUAAAAAUCACAUGGAUAUAACACCCAGAACACAAGAAUCGGAUUUGAUAGAAGAAGAAAUGAACAUUAUUUUAUUACCUACUAUGAAUCCUAUUGAUGUUGUGUCAGACAUGAUUCACAACGAGGACUUCAAUAUAAUUUCUGAAUUUGCUGUUGUGAACAAUGGAAUGAAUAGUGGAUUUGACACAAACAAUGACGGAUAUGAAAGUGGGGAUGAAAAUGAAACUGAAAACCGAGGAGAUUUAACCACGGAUGGAGCUGAGAUACCUUCUAAUUUUACUAGUUUAGAAGGAAUAGAUGUGGCUAAUAUUGACAAUUGGACGGUGUCACACUCCGAGAGUAAAAAUCAUUUAACUGAAGAAUUGGGUGAAAAUUCUUUUAAGAAUAAAGACGAACUUAUUAGAGCUAUCAAGCUUUACACGAUUAGGAAACAUCGACAAUAUGAAGUGGUUGAAACAUGUCCAACAAUUUGGAAGAUAAGAUGUAAGUUGUGUUCACAAACUGGUUGUAAGUGGCAAUUACGUGCAUGUAAACGUAAACGUAGUGGGUAUUUUGAGAUAACACAAUACAUUGGUCCACACACUUGUUCCCAGUAUAAGAUUACUCAAGAUCAUCCAAAUCUGGAUGCGAGCUUGAUCGCUCAAGAAACUAAACACCUUAUUAAAGAACAACCAUCUAUUAGCAUUCCUACCUUGAGAGCUGAAAUAAUUGAUAAAUUAGGAUAUACUCCUUCGUACAGGAAGGUCUGGGUAGGAAAACAGAAGGCGAUUGAACAUAUAUUUGGAAACUGGGAGGAAUCUUAUAUUGUUUUACCAAAAUUUAUGGCUGCACUUCAAUUUUACAAUCCAGGGACUAUAGUUGAAUGGUGCACUGCUAGAUUAAGUAAUGUGGAUCACAUAGAUAGUAAUAUGAACCAAAGGGAGAGUAGUGUGGAUCAAGUGGAGUUCAGACGUGUGUUUUGGGUUUUUGCUCCUUCUAUCAACGGAUUUGCGCAUUGUCGACCUAUUGUUAGCAUUGAUGCAACACAUUUAUAUGGUAAGUAUAAGGGAAAGAUGAUGAUUGCAAUGGGAGUUGAUGGUAACAAUCAGAUUUUUCCUCUUGCAUUUGCUAUUGUUGAGAAUGAAUCAUAUAAUAGUUGGUAUUGGUUUCUUAAUCAUGUCAAGAAACAUGUGGUGAAAGAACGUGACGGCAUUUGUUUAAUAUCUGAUCGUCAUAGUGGAAUCCUAAAGGAUUUGUAUAGGUAUUGUUUGCGACAUUUUGUCAAUAACUUUCAUGACAAGUUUCGCAAUUCACAUUUAAAAGUUUUAGCUUACCGUGCUGGAAGUCAAAAUCAAGUUCGUAAGUUCAACUCUAUCAUGGAUGAAAUUGGAAAACUAAAUGCACAAGAUCGUCAAUGGCUCGAGGGACAUUCACUUUGUAGAUGGACACUUGCACAUGAUGGUGGAAAACGCUAUGGAUUGGUUCACUAUUUUGAUGUGAGGCGUUCUUUGGGACCUACUGCUCAAGCUAACGGAGAUGUUUUUACUCCUCAUGUUGUUGUAAAACAAGCAGCAUCAAUGUCAAAAGCUAGUGCACACACCCUCAAAUCUUUCAACCGACAAAAAGGAAUAAUUGAGGUGGUAACUCAAAAAGGAAAAAAUAUGCAAGUAGUUGAUUUGGAGAAAAAAACUUUCACAUGUGGUAAGUGGGAGAUAUAUAAGUAUCCGUGUUCUCAUGUCUUGAGUGCAUGUGCCUAUCUUUCUUUAAAUACUAGUCAAUAUAUUCAACGAUAUUACUCAAUUUUUGAAUAUUCUGCUACGUGGGCAUCUGAUUUUUCCCCAAUCCCUCAUGAAGCAUAUUGGCCUGAGACGUCUAUUCAAGGAAUGCUUCCAAAUUCAGAGUUAAAACGAAAGGAAAAAGGUCGUCCUCGCUCCACAAGGCUACGAAAUGGAAUGGACAUUAAAGAAGGAAAGAAAGCUAAUCUUUGUGGAUUGUGUAGACUAAGUGGUCAUAAUAAAAAAAACAUGUCCUUCUAA